AUGAAGUUUUUAUUAAACGUAUUUAUAUCUUGCUUAUUAGUUACAUUAGUGACAGCCAGAACACGAAACCCAUUCGUUUUGAAUGAAAAUUGGGUCUGUAACGUGAAAAGGUCUUGUUUGGAAUGUCUUCGUUUAAAUCAGUGUUCUUGGUGUGACACAGAAAACAAAUGUUUCUCUAGAAGAGUGCAGAAUUUUGAAGGGUAUUGUAAGAACAACACUAUACACUACCAAAAUCAUGGCUUGAGCUACGCCGACAACGCAAAAUGUGCUUGCGCGGCAGGUCAACUAGAGGAAAACUGCUUACCAGAAGACGAUACAUCUGGAUUGAAGUGUUCAGGUCGCGGGCAGUGUCUUUGCGGCCGCUGCGUGUGUGACACCGAGCCUGAUCCUUCGCAUCCCACUAAGGCCGUGAUGGGUCAGUAUUGUGAAUACGACAACUUCUCUUGCGAUGGACCACGCUGCAAUGAGGGACCGUAUCAUUUUUUGGGGAAUGCUUCCGCAGACCUUCUGAUUAUGCCUUCAGAGAAGUAG